UGGUGCUGCUUCUCGCUCCCCACCCCGCGCGCCUCUCGCACUAUGGCCGUCCCGCCGCAGCUACUAUCCCUGCUCCAUGCGGUCAACGAACUGUUGCGCAAGCGCCGCUACCACUCUGCUUUGGCCAUGCUUAAAGGCUUCCGGAACGGUGCAGUCUAUGGAGCCAAAAUCCGGGCCCCUCACGCGCUCGUCAUGACCUUUCUCUUCCGGAGUGGCAGCCUCCAGGAGAAGCUGCGGGCCAUCCUGCAAGCCACGUACACCCACUCCCGGAACCUGGCCUACUUUGUGUUCACCUAUAAGGGGCUCUGCGCCCUGCAGGCCCACGUGCAGGGCAAGACCUACCAGGUGCACUCGUUCCUGGCUGCCUUCAUUGGGGGCUUGCUGGUGUUUGGAGAGAACAAUAACAUCAACAGCCAGAUCAACAUGUACCUGCUCUCCCGCCUCCUGUUUGCCCUGUGCCGCCUGGGCGUGGAGAAGGGCUACAUUCCCGAGCCCAGGUGGGACCCAUUCCCCCUGUUCACCGGGCUGGUGUGGGGGCUGGUGCUGUGGCUUUUUGAGUACCACCGGCCCACUCUGCAGCCAUCCCUGCAGUCCUCCAUGACCUACCUGUACCAGGACAGCAAUGUCUGGCAUGACAUCUCAGACUUCCUCCUCUACAACAAGAGCCUCCCCUCGAAGUAACACGGCCCCAAGGUGCUGAUGGGAGCUUCCACAGCCGAGAUUGUCUCCAUCGGUGAAUCACCCCCAAAGGAUCCUGCCUUCUCAAGAUCAUGGUUCUCAGACUCCAACUUUUAUUGCCCCAGGGUUCCAUUUGCCGAAGCAAAAGCACUGAUUUCCAAGUCCAUUAGGUCCUCUCCAAUGGCAGAACGAGUGGUGAAUUGGGCUGCGGGGCCUCGGACGUGAUUCCGGCUGUGCUGCUGGCUACUGUGAGACCAGGGAAAGGCACCCCCACCGGCCCCGGACGUCAGGGGUCACCGAGCUCAGAGGAGGGCCCCGAAGUCUCUUUCUGGUGGGUUAUGGUCUUUGACCGUUCUGUGUAACAGGAUUGCUUGCUGGGGGGCAGUGGGUUGCAAAUGUUUUUAGAAAAAAAUUAAAUUCCUGGGCUCAGGUGUUGCUCUAGUGGAGAAGCUCUAGAAUUCCACUGUCCAAUAGAAGCACAAUGUGAUCUGUAUAUGUAAUUGAAAUUUGUCUUAGUAGCCACAUGAAAAAAGGUAGAAGCAGGUGAGAUUAAUCUUAGUUACAGAUUUUAACCUGGUUAUUUCUAAAAUAUUAUCAUUUUAACAUGUAAAAAUGAAUAUAAAAAUUAAUGAGAUAUUUUAUAUUCUUUGUUCUUGUACUAGGUCAUCAGAAUCAGGUAUGUAGUGUCUCCUUACAGCGUGUCUCAGUGGGGACCAGCCAUAUUUCCAGUGCUCAGUAGCCACAUGUGGCUAGUGGCUACCAUAUUGGAUAACACAGAUAUGGAACACUUCUAUCCUUGCAGAAAAUUCUAGUGGACAGUGCAGAUAUAGAGCUAGGGGACAUGGGUUUAAGUCCCCACUCCACCACUGUGUAACCUUGGGGAAGGUUCUUAACCUCUCAGAGCCUCAGUUUCUUGUAAAAUGAGGAUAAUCAUAAUACACACCCAGUGUCCACAUUGGAUUUGUAUAACUACAAGAGCUGCUAUUACUACUAAUUACUUCCAUUUAGUGAGCUCCUACUUCCUCCCAGGUGCUUUGCACGUAUUAUUUUUAACCCAUACAAUGACCUUGCAGGUGUGUAUUUUGAUCCUCAUUUCGCAGACGUGGACACUGAGGAUCAGAGGGGGGAAGUCAUUUGCCCAAGAUAAUACAACCAGUAUGAUAGCCAAAUCAGGGUUUGAACCCAGAGCUGUCUGAGUUCAAUACCCAUUUUUUUUUUUUCAGUGCCUUGUGUUAAAUUUAGAAACCUAAGCUAUGCU